CCAAAGUACCCAACGGCUACUUCUCUCUCCUCUCUCUCAUACCGAUCUCUGUCACAAUACUCGAAUUUCACACUGCGUUUUAGUCUGAAAACUCCACUCAUCCAUGGCCGAACCUGGUUGCAUCAAACCUAGUCCCAGAGUCCGAAUCGUAGCAAAAAUUCGGGGCUUUACAGAUCAUGAAUCGGAACCUUUGAGUGGAGAUUCAACAUCGUGGAUCUCUGUACACAAACCCAAGGAAGAAGAUUCAUCUGAAAGAGUUAAAAUCUCCUUUGGAGACCAAUUAACCAGUUGUAAAGAUGCAUAUGAAGUCGAUUAUUGCUACAAACAAAAUGAGGACAAUGCUUUAUUUUCGAGAGAGGUGAAGCCUUUGAUUUCAGGGGUUUUUGAUGGUCAGAAUGCGACAAUUCUUGCGUAUGGAGCUAGAGGUAGUGGGAAAACCUACCUAAUUCAGGGUUCCGAGAAGACACCAGGUUUGGCGGUUCUCGCAGUGGCUGAAAUCCUCUCAAUUGUAGAGGAAAGAAGGAACUCAGUUACCAUAUCUUCUUAUGAGAUCUUCCAGGACCAUGUUUAUGAUCUCUUGGAUCCCAAACGGCCCGAGGUUCUAGUACUGGAAGAUGCUCUAGGCAAAAUUAAACUUAAAGGGCUUUCUCAGGUUUCUGUGAAAUCAAUCUCAGAAUUUAAAAAAAUAUACUUCAGCGGGUGUAGUUCACAAAAAUUAGUGCAGAAGAAGGCACUUGAAAUGCCAAAAAGAAGCCACAGAGGUUUAAUAAUAAGCAUUUCUUCUUAUGAUGAAAAUUCAAAUACCAAGUGUGUGGGCAAGAUGAACUUUGUUGAUUUAGCAGGCUAUGAGGAUCCCAGAAGAAAGAGUAGCGAUAACCUUAAUCUUGUUGAGAGUACUAGAAUCAACAAGUCUCUGUAUGCUCUACUGAAUGUCGUUUAUGCCCUUAAUGCUAAUGAAAGCCGUGUGCCAUACCGGGAAUGUAAAGUCACACGCAUGUUACAAGAUUCUUUUGGAGGGAAAAAUCAUGUAGUGAUGCUUGCUUGUUUGAAUCCAUCUUUUUGUCAAGACACUAUCUAUACAACAAGUUUGGCUUCUCGGUCUUGUCAAGCCAUCAAUCGAGUUUUCACAGGCUCCACAAAGAAAUUUAAAACUGCAUUCAAACCAAUGGUGCUUUCGUCACUGAAAAAUGGGAACCUUGGGACUGUUUCCACUACUGCAAAAAAAGAAAUUGGCUCCCGAGUGCGAUUCUCUGAAAAGAAAGGCAGUUGCAAGGAGAAGGGAAGGAAACUAUUUGAUGAAGGAAAUCAGUUGAUCAGUUUUGAGCAGGCAAAGUCCACAUCAGAUAAUGCUUCAGCAAUGAAGUCAAACAUUUCCUCGAACAUUGAUUCAGCCAUUGAACCAUCUUUGCAGGAAGAGGCAAAGUCCACAUCAGAUAAUACUUCAGCAAUGGAGUCAAACCUUUCCUUGAACAUUGAUUCAGCCAUUGACCCAUCUUUGCCCGAAGAGGAAAAGUCCAUUCCAGUUGCUUCUUUAGCCACAAUAUCUAAAGAAGAGGAAACUUUGCUGCCAAUUGUUUUUGAGGAUGCAGAGCCUGCUACGACAGAAAAGGAAACUUUGCUGCCAAUUGUUUUCGAGGAUGCGGAGCCUGCUAUGACAGAAAAGAUUUCUCAGGAUGUUUCUCCCCGAGAUGAGAGCAACUGUGUAGAAGUUACUCCUGGUACUAAUAAUUAUGCAAAAACAUUGAUUGUUUUUGAAGAUGGUAAUAGCAUAGAAAAGGAGAACCAAAAUUCACUUGUCAGUGAAGGUGGGUCACCACCAAUAAGUGCAAGACUACGAGAAUUGUCAAAUAACUUGAAGACCCUAUAUUCUUCAACUCCAUUGCGCUUAAAGGUGAUGCCAAAGGAAAUUAAUACUCCAUCUAGGGGUCAACUAGUUUGCACUGAUAUUGUGGAACCAAAAACCCCAGUUGUUCAACAAACUUUGAGAGUAGGCAACUGUGAUAUUGCAACAUUUGAUAGUCCAAAGGAAACAUUCAAUAUGCAAAGUUCGGGGAUGAAGCAUUCCCUUGUUCAAGAGUACCUCAAAUUCUUAAAUUCUGCUAGCAAGGAAGAGUUGAAAAGAGUAAAGGGUAUUGGAGAGAAGAGAGCGACUUACAUUCUUGAACUUCGUGAAGAAUCUCCUGAGCCUUUCAAGCAACUCGAUGACUUGCAGGACAUUGGCCUUUCAGCAAAACAGAUCAAGGGCAUGAUGAAGAAGGUAGCUGGGGAGCUUUUCAAUUAGUUGACUAAAGCAAUUUAAUACAAAACAUUGUGUUUGGUAUUGGCAACGUGAAGUUGCCACACAAGUAUUUGGCUCAUUGCGGUAGCGAACACUGUGUGUUUAAAAAUGAACAUUUACUUUUUGUA